AUGGGGGCACAGGCCCUGGGACGCCUGCUUGGCUGCUGGCUGCCGCUGACAUUUGCCUGUGUCCUGGUGCUGGGCCGAGGGCCCCAUGGCCAGCAGACUGAGCAGGAGCAAGAGGCGACCCCGGGAGACCCCAAGGUGGAGGGGACCAAGCAGCCACUUUCACCGCAGGACCAUACUGAGAGGGCUGAAGAAGAACAUGAAAAAUAUGGCCCCCACCAGGCUGAGGAACCGCCUGCUCCCAAAUGCUUCCGCUGCUGUGACCCCACGCCCCCCGUGUACCCGCCCGUGUUGGUGCCUCAGAUCAAUGUUACAAUUCUGAAAGGUGAGAAAGGUGACCGAGGGGAUCGAGGCCUCCAGGGGAAAUUUGGCAAAACGGGCUCAGCAGGUGCCCGGGGCCACAUCGGGCCCAAAGGGCAGAAGGGGUCGGUGGGCACCCCUGGGGACCGCUGCAAGAACCACUACGCGGCCUUCUCGGUGGGUCGGAAGAAGCCAUUGCACAGUAAUGACUACUAUCAGACUGUGGUCUUCGACACGGAAUUCGUUAACCUCUAUGGUCACUUCAACAUGUUCACGGGUAAGUUCUAUUGCUACGUGCCUGGCAUCUACUUCUUCAGCCUCAACGUACACACCUGGAACCAGAAGGAAACUUACCUGCACAUCAUGAGGAACGGGCAGGAGGCGGUGAUUCUGUACGCUCAGGUGAGCGACCGCAGCAUCAUGCAGAGCCAGAGCUUGAUGCUGGACCUGCAAGAACAGGAUGAGGUCUGGGUGCGACUCUUCAAAGGUGAGCGUGAGAACGCCAUCUUCAGUGACGAGUUCGACACCUACAUCACCUUCAGCGGCUACCUGGUCAAGCAUGCUGCCGAGCCCUAGCUGACCACGACCCCUGCUGCCCUCCUACGCUCCCUCC